AAAUAUUUUAGAAAGCAACCAGCAUAACAGUUUCCUGAUCAACAAAUAAAUAUAAUAUAAACUAUUUAUCAAUCACAAAGAACCUAGAAAGGAACAUCAUUGUAUCGGCGAGCUAUUUCAAUUACAAUGCGCUGGCUAAUCUUCAUACAGAAUUCCUAAUUACUUUAUAUUUGAAUGAUAUCAUCAUCCUGACAUUCAGUAAAGAAAUUUUUAUUGGAUAAUCAGGCAGAAAACCAUUGUGUGAUAUGAAUGAGAAAUUAGGGUUGCCCCAGUUGACUAUUAGUGCACAAAUAUUACACCUAGCAUUCUUCUAAUGCCGAAACAAUUUGUUGAAUGUAGGGAACAGUUUGAAGUCUACCAAUGUGCCCUCCAUAGUUUGUACAAAGUGCGCAUACACAAGCCUACUAUCCUAUUUCAUGAUAGACACUUUGGGUAGAGGGCAGACAUGUAGAUUCUGACUGACAAUGUUUCAAGCAUCCCUUUCUUGCUAGGACUCAAGCAAUAUACAGAUAAAUAAACAGGUGUAUUCCUAAUGUCAAUAUAUAAAAGCAGAAAUAUACAAGAAAAAAAAAGGGAAAAGAAAAGAAAUCUCCAGAACAUAAUGCUAAUGUAAGCAUUGGCACAUAAAUACCCCAUCCAAAAUUGAACAUAAGUACGCAAAGAUGUGUAACGUUUGUGCUUAUGCUAUAUAUAAUUGCAGGAUACUAAACAUAUCCCCCGAUUUUUAAGCGGUUGAAAAAAAGAGGGAAAAUGGGUGGAAAAAGAAUAGCAUUUAGUUUUGCAUAAUAAUAACUGAAUUAUUGCAUAGAAGUGCUCGAGAAAAAUCAUAAAAAACAGGUAGAAAUACUUAUUUAGAAUAAAACAAUUAACAAUUAAAACAAAAUAGAAUAGCUUUAAUUCAAGAAAGGUUAUGACAACAACUGAUCUAGCAUAGACCAGAUGCAUUCCUGGUAAUUUGUACUCCAGCAAAGGAUAUAGCAGCCAUGUGCACUGUAUGGGCAUUUAAAAAUAUUUUUAAAUUCCAGACAAAGCUGUACAAGAAAGAAGGUCGGCAUCCAAGCCAACCUUCUCUUUAUAAAAGGCCCAGCAUGCACCAGAAAUGAGACAUAGAUCCAACUUAUCUGUGGCUUCCUUAUUUCUUUCAGAUCAUCCAAUAUGAUUUCUCUGGCGACAGUAUAUCAUGUUCUGGUAGCAACAGUGCCGCUGUAUGCAGCCAUGAUCCUGGCCUAUCUUUCAAUAAAAUGGUGGAAGCUCUUCACACCUGACCAGUGCACGGGGAUAAACAAGUUUGUAGCCAAAUUUUCAGUCCCCCUACUGUCCUUCCAUGUGAUCUCCACCAACAAUCCCUACAAAAUGAACCUCAAACUUCUAGUAGCGGACUCGCUGCAAAAAAUACUUGCCCUCUUUGUAUUUGCAGUCCUAAGUAAAGCAUGCUUUAGAGGCAGCCUGGAUUGGCUAAUUACUGGGUUCUCUCUAUCCACACUACCCAACACAUUGAUUAUUGGGAUUCCCUUAUUAAAAGGUCUGUAUGGGGAUGAAGCUGCCAAACUCUUGGGUCAGAUCGUCGUCUUGCAGAGCUUAAUUUGGUAUACUCUUCUGUUAAUUCUCUUCGAGUUCAGGGCUGCUAAGGCAAUUGCAGCAAAUCCGACUGACAGGGAACUGGAAUCCUCUGAAGGAGUACGCCCCAGACCUGAAGAGGAUGAAGUAAAAUCCCUGUCCAUAAGAAAUAUCAGGAGUUUACUCAUUCUCUGGAUGGCGGGAAAGAAACUUAUGAUAAAUCCCAAUACUUACGCAAGUUUAGCAGGCUUUGUUUGGGCUUUAAUCAGCUUUAGGUGGAGAAUAGAGCUACCAUUAAUAAUUAGCAACUGCAUAUCAAUAUUAUCAGAUGGGGGACUUGGCAUGGCAAUGUUCAGCUUAGGCCUUUUCACGGCAUCGCAGUCUAGCAUCAUAGCCUGUGGGAUUCGGAUGAUGAUUUUAUCCAUGGGAUUAAGGUUCAUAAUUGGACCAGCCUUGAUAGCAAUCACUUCCUAUGCUAUUGGAAUGAGGGCAAAAUUGUUAAAAGUGGCAAUUGUUCAGGCAGCUCUUCCUCAAGGAAUAGUAACAUUUGUGUUUGCUAAAGAGUAUGGCGUGCAUCCAGAUAUCCUGAGCACUGGGGUUAUUGUUGGCAUGAUCAUAGCAGUACCAAUAGCACUCGCGUAUUACUUCAUUCUCGAUCCUAAUUAACUUCUUUAUAUGCUCAAGUUAUGGAGUUCCAUGCUCUUAUAAAAGGCGCAGAAGCAUAGCAUGAACUCUGGAUGGUGACAGCAGUGACCAAUAUUCUCAACCUUCUGAUUCAUAAAAUGAUAGUAAAAGUGUACAAUCACAGUAUGAUUAAGAGGUAAGGUGUUUCCGAAAAUUGCACCAAAGAUCUUUAUCUUGCUGCUCUACAGACACAAGAAUAUUCCACCUAGCCAAAUCCAUUUAGGGACCUGACCAGCAGUAUUUUCUAUGUGGUAUUAUGAGAUUUAUAAAUUGUUCCCACCAAGAAGGAAGGUGAUGCACAUUUGUUGCAGUGGAAUGAUAGAAUCAAAUUGGCUGUGUGUAGAAGAUCAAGACAAUGAAACAGGGACCAUUCUCUUGUACCUUCUAGCGUUGAAUUUCUUAUUAAUUUAACAGAAAGAGGAGGAGAGAACAGAAAAGAGUAGGAGAGAAACAGAGAACAAAGAAUUUAUGCAGAUAACAGGAUGCUGAACACACUAGGCAUUUGCCGGUUACACCAAUAUAUUGCUUAAUAUAAUAGGUAACAAUCUAGAAAUAAAAGGAUGGAUCCACCAAAAUAAGUAUUUCAGUAGACCUAAUAGAAAAGUUUCAUAAUCUAGAACUGCUAUGUUUCAUAAUCUAGAACUGCUAUUAGUUUCAGUAGUGCUACUGUUUUGUUCUGUUUGAAACAAAACAAAACAGCAGGAGACAAUUUCCAGAACCCAUUUCCCAUAGUAUACAGAAACGUUUGAUUUCUAAGAAAAUUAAACAAUACAAUAAUCUUAUUCAAAAGCAUCCAAGCUACACACACGUCAUGAAUUUUGAAAUAACCUCUGUUUCUUGGAAAAACAGAAGCUUUACAUGAGCCUUUUAAUUUGCAUGUGAACUAAUUCAUUGCAAUCAAUGACUACAAUAGGGUCACACCACUUGCAUCUACGGA